AUGAUCUGUCGUCCAGUGUUUCUUUGUCGUCGGCGAUUUUGCCCCCGGCCCUUUUUUGUGGUCUUGGUGGUGGCAAUCUGUCUCUUCUAUCAGACUCUGACCCUCCGAGGGACUAGGAAGCUCACAACCGCUGUCCCCAGGGCUGCCCCCCACACACCCACCGAGACUCAGGCGAGCAGAUGCAGGAAAGGACAUACCCAGGACAAACAGUGCUUCCUUCUCUCCGGUAAUGCACCGGAAAUCAGAAAGAUUGAAGAAUCAAUGGAGACACACUUUGGCAGUCAUGGUAGAAGGGCCAUGCUCUAUAGGCCUCCUUCCUACAGCAAAAUGGAGCUUCAGCUACACCAGCACAUACUUAUGCAGCACGACUACACGGUUGUUAUCACUGAAGAAAGACCCGAAGCUGGCCUUGGGCUGGGACUGCUAGAACAAGGUGAUUUGAGCUCCUGGGAUCUGCUCAUUUGUCUGCCUUCAAGGAAAGCUGAUGGAAAACCCUGUGUGUCCAAGGAGGACAUGUGCAAGUUAAGUUCACAUCAAAGGAUAAAUAUAGUGCCAGAAAUACAGCAACAGCUUUGCAGAAAGGAAGGAUUAUGUCAAAUAAUUAGAAGAUUUCCAGAAUUGAGACUUCCAGUGAGUCCCUCUGUGUGUCUGGAUCAGGGAGUACAACAGCCAAGUACUUCAAGUCAUCUUUUAAAAACAGUGAAGCCACAUAUGUGGAAACCAUGGGACGGGCGACGUGAACAGCUGAAUCAAACAACAGUCCUUGCUCCCCAUGAAACAAUCUUUAGAGCUGAGGAUCUAUCUAUGAUUCUGAAAGCAUAUGUACUGGUGACAUCUCUAACCCCUUUGCGUGCAUUCAUUCAUUCAACGGGCACGGUGUGGAGUCCACCAAAGAAAAAACGUUUCACUGUCAAGCUGCAAACUUUUUUUGAGACAUUCCUGAAGACAAGUUCACCACUUCAGGCAUUUGAUAAUAUGAAGGAAACAAUCAGCAAACUUCUUCUGGCUGCUGAAGUCUUCAGUGAAACGUCUACUCUGGGACCAAAGACCUUCCAUAGAUGUAGAUUAUGCUUUCAACUUUUAACUUUUGAUAUUGGUUAUGACAGUCUCAGGUACCCUAUAGUGCUUCAGGUGCACGAGCAUUUGAAUUUUCAAGAUGAUGAUAACAUGGAUUUUGAGGACCAAAAUACAGAAGAAUUCUUGUUAAAAGACACUUUCAAUUUUCUCUUCUCCAAUGACUCUUCGCUUUCCUUAUUUUCAGAGAUAUUUCAGAGACUUUAUAGAUCUGGUGUAUUUAAGGGCGAAAAUGAAAACUAUCAAAAGGACCUAAAUCAAUGUCUGGCUUUAGAAGAAAUUGACUCAAUUAUGACUUUCAUAAAGGAACUUGGGAGUCUGGGGCAGUUUCAACUGCUCUUUCCAUCUACCACUCCUGGGAUUCGAUCUUUGAUGCAUGAAUUUUACGAUACAACAAAUCCUUUGGGAAAACCUGGCUCAGUCCUGACCCAGUACUGGUCUCUUUUAAAUGUAUUUGAACAAUUUUGGCUCCUGAAUAAAAAAGCCCAGCUACAUCCACUGGAAUGGACUUCUUUCAUAGAAGACAAGAACAUUGAAAACCCUCCAGUGUCAUUUGAUACACAUGAAAUCAAAAAAGCUGCAGCUCCACAAAUUAUGAACAAAAAUAAAGAUAUACAUUGCAGUAAUGAUAAAGAAACACUAUGUCAUAUCAAGGAGAUCUUCACACAUCCACAGUUGGAACUAAAUCCUGACUUUAAUCCAAGGAUCAAAGAUUAUUAUUCCGAAGUCCCAUUUGAUGUGGUAACGGUGACAAUCGGGGCAGUGACGUCUAAGUGUCAGUGCACAGUGCACCUGUAUGAGCCGGCAGGGCCGAGCUUUGCCAACUACCCUCUUGGCUUAGGAAUGAACAAAAUCUCCAUGCUUGUGGUGGAUGAGUCUCCAGCAGAGGGUGAGACUCUGGUCACAUACAAACUCACCAUCUAUAGAGAAGACCGCCCAAGCCUGCCCUUCUUUGAGGACUUCACAGCGUGUGGUUUUGUGCAGGAUUGUGGCCUGUUAAUUCACCCAGAGGAGAACUGUGGGUUACAACCUAUUUCUCUUGAGUACAUUGAAGCCAUUUCACACCCUGAACUGAAGAUGUGUCCAUCUGGGGACAUAAAAGGCCAGUGGAUCGUGCCUUGCCUUAGUUGUUCAGACAACAGGACCUGUGACUGGAGAGAAAUAACUUGGCAGCCCCACAACUGCCAACAUGGUGUCCUAACUAAGCCUCAGCUCCAGCAGUGCCUGGGAGGAAGGAAGAUUCUUUUCAUUGGUGAUUCAACCAACAGAGGGAUCAUGUACUAUCUGAUUGAAAGACUAAAUGAAACGCUCCAGGAAUGGCAGAAGGUGCAUGGAACUAAAUUGUAUCCCAACGUCAAUGGUGGGAAGACAUUGGUUAGUUACUCCUACUAUCCCCAGUUUUGGAUAAGUCCUUCACUGAGACCAACAUUUGAGAAAGCACUUGAACAUCUCCUGCAAAGAUCACGUCCCCUAGAGAAUACUGGCCAGACUGUAUUGGUUGUUGGUGGUGUUCAGUGGCUUAAUUCCAACCACCUGCAAAUUAUUCACAAGGUUUUGAAAAGGGAAAAUUUACUCAAUAUCCUAGUGAUCAUCAAAACUUUGGGAAUUGGAUUCCAUCUGCCAGUGGACGGAGUUCAUUUCUUAACACAGAGUGAAGUACAAAAUGUAUGGAAAGAAAAUAUGAUUAUUCUGGAUGCUGCAAAAAGUUAUGGCUAUGAAGUGGUUGACACAUUCACUAUAACCAUGGGGCGAUAUAAAGAGUUUCUGCAGGGCAGUUGUGGAUGUCAUUUCCAUGAGGUAGUGAAAUCAAAGUUAUCCCAAGAAUUCCACUUUAUUAAAAUGAAAAGAUCAAAGAAUCAUACAGUGGAAAAAUAUUUCAGCAAUCAAAGUAAACUACAACAAGACUUUGUAACAAACCUUCAAUCACCAUAUCAUGUCAGAGGUCCAAUAAAUCAGGUUUGUUCUGAAAUCCUUCUCAGCAGGAUGUGUGCAAGUAAAAGGACCGUGCGGGCUCCCUAA